AUGGAGUCAGUCAGGACACAACCUCCAGGGACCAGCGAGCGACCAUCACUGACAACGGACCGCAAUGAGUGGUUGGCGGGUUGGCUAUGGGCCACCAGUGAGACCAGGUACAGCACCAGCAGCACAACCAUUCCCAAUCCCACUCCCGCUACCACCAAACCUCCACCACCCGUCGGCAGAUAG